CCCUCCUCUCACAAUGCAUGGUACUGAAGAAUGCACCAUGUCCGGAAACAACAAGUUAUGUAAACACCAUCCCCCUUCCAACGCUUUCAACCUUUGUGCCACCGCUUUGAGAACCCCCCUCUCCCCCUACGCAGCCAUAGCAUUCUUUGUCCCAACAUUCUAGCUUCAAGCAAGGGGUACAUUAACCAGUCGAUCCAUCCUGUUCCGGGUUCACAUCCCCAAUAAUACCGAAUACAGUACUCUCGGUGGCGCCUCCUUGCUAAAUUCUACAUUACUCGGUGCAAGGAGAGAGAGAGAGGCGUUAGGAGAUGGCUUCAACCAUCUUCGCAGCGCCCUCCAAGGCCCAUCCCGGAUCCUUCGCAUGACUGCACGCGGUUCUACAAUCCAGUUCCUCCACAAGUAUAAGUCCAUUCAAUAUUAGGGAUGCUACUGUCUCUCAUGUCUCUCAUGUCUCUCAUAUUGAUUUUCCUUUUAUUAUUUCCCUUCCCUUGCGUCUCCAGAAUAUCAACUAUCAUAUUCCCCUACCCCAUGUUACAGCGUGAAUUUCUUUUUUUAGAGGAGCAGCGAGCAACAGGAUUCCACCAAAUACCAACAACCUACCACACCUUUUUUUUUAACCUGAACGAUGGGUUGCGAAUCAUCCACCCAUCCUCGUCUUCGCGCCGUUUUACCAGCUUUGCAACGCAGGCCACAUGUAACCCGCCGCUCGACGCAAGGUCAAGGUCAAGGUCAAGGUCAAGGUCGUUCCAGGGCAGCUGCAAGCUGGAGCUCGAUGCCGGAAUCUCGAGCUCAAGUUCAAGCUGUCAGCGACGAGUUUGUGAGUGGGAUGCCGCGACCGAAGUGCUAUUAUGGCGAUGAGAUGCCUGGUCCUCUGCCUGUAGCAAGUGCGACUUUUGAAAUCGUUUCGGCGAUGCCGGAAUGCAUGAAGGAAACGAGUUUGGAUCUCCCCGCCUGGGUGGAGAAUACGAAUCGCCAUACACUGAAAUCGGGAGGGGGGGUUGUGGAUGAAGAGCUGGUGCCGUGGAUGCAGAUGCCCCAGCCAGAGCUGUUCAGCGGUAUUAGCAAAGAGCAGUAUAGGGAAACUCCUCUUUAUUCUGAGGCUGGAUCGCCAAAUUUAGCGCGGGCAUAUGUCACAGACGAGGUGGCAUGUCCGCAACCGAGACCGCCGAUAGUUUCGUGGGCGUCAUGGGAGACGUUUGGGUUGGGUGAUAACUUUGCCGAUUUUGAGGCUCUAAUUUCGCCUAAGAGAGGUGCUUCGUCAAAUUCUGGGGCUGGAGAUGGUAGAAGCUACUAUGGCGAUGCGUCUAGAGAGGAUGGAGUCUCGGUAUCAUCGCGGCGGAGUUCGGGUCUCUCCAUCAAAUGCCAAGGCCAUAAUAUCCCAGAACUCGCACCAUUGACAUUUGGUCAAUCAGUAACCCAGCAAGUUGAGGACAGCAUGGUGCCAACCUCGAUGGGUUCGGAGUUUAUGGAUUGGGCUGGGAAUAGAGGAAGUGGUAGAAGUUCGCCGUGUUACUCCGAGGGUGUUUAUGAGGAAUUCGCGACACCGCUAGCACCAGCGAGAGCACGUAUUGUUCACAUAUCGAGAGACAGCUCCCAGUUUCGUACCAGGUCUACAUCUCUAUUCCAACGAGACUCCUCCGAACCUUCGCCGGCCAGAGUUUCUAUGGAUGAAGUGGCAACCCCAGCUCGCCAUCCAGCCUCGCCAGAUACGCCCGAUUCCACGCCCAAAUCCCGCUCAAGGCCAUUCACUCCCUACCCCCACGCCAUCAUCUCCCUCGACACCCCGCCUCUAACACCAACCUACCCCCUCCCCCCCCCAACGCGCCUCCCCCCCCCCCCCCCCUUCGCUCCCACGCCCCCCCUCAACAUCCACCCCCUUCCCGCCCUCCUCCGGCAACGAAAACACAUCUCAGGGUCCACCACCACCGAACUCUCCUCCGAAAUUCUAAACGAUAUCUACUCCGCCACGCGCCUCUCCUCUAUCAAAAAACUUUCCCUCUCACACCCCUGCGUCACCACUAUCCGCAACGCGCGGCGCCGCUGGCGCACUUACGAUGGGCGGUACACCAAUCCCUCCGCCGCCUCGCCAGGAUAUCUGGAUUCCUUGUCCACUUCGCUGUCUUUAUCAAGCGGCAAUCAGAGUCCUGCUCCCCCUUCCUCCAGGCCAGCUUCGUUCCCACCUUCGGAGGUGGGGUCGAAGGAUACGGAGAGUGAGGCUGUUUGGUCGCAGGGACUGGUUACGCGGACGGCGACGCCGGUUACGGAUUUAGAGUCUGAGGCGGGGGAUGCGGAGGGUGCAGAGGGGAGAUUAUUGCCCGAGGCGGAUUUGGGGGCGUUGAGACGGAUAUUUCCUGAGAGUAAUGCGAAGUGGUAUGGGAUAUUGUAUGCGCAUAUUGUGUGUUACAAUCAUGUGAUGGAUUUGGAGCAGGGGACUUCGUUUCAGCAUUUGGAGGUGGACGAGGGGGAUAGGAGGGGGAAAGAGGAGGAGGAGAGUGUGAGGUGUGGGUUGAUUAUGAGAAAUUUGGAGUACUGUGUUAGUCGCAUUAUUUGCCGGAUGAGGGGGAAGAAUGGGAGGAAGGCGGAUAAGGAGGCGGGUGGGGAGCUGAGGGAGUCGCACUUGGUGCUUACAGGCUCGUUGUCGACGUUGAUAAGGUCGUGUGAGGGGUCGAUAAUGUAG